UAGAUAACACCUGUUGAUAAUUCUUCGAUAAUACGUUUGAUUGUAACCAAUAAGUAAAAUAAUACUACUACAAUGGUUUAAAACUCGUUUAUACUUAGUACUCGCAAAUACCUAUUGCAGCAUUUGAACGGGCUCGGUACAAAGUUUUUGUUUAUAUUUUGUUCGUUUUAACGCUGAUUAAGUGUAAUUUUUGUUAUUUUCUAGCUUUUUAUUUUAUUAUUUAAUAUUAAAAGUAGUGUAGUAAUAUGUCACACAAAGUAAAAUUUGCGUAAACAGAUUUAUUUAUUAUGUCAUAAUGCCCAUCAAAUUUUUGGCUGUAAAUUACUUUCUAAUAUACAAGUUCUAAGAGUAUUGUUUCAUAAUAUACGUGAAGUCAAAUUAAGCAUCCGUGAUAGUGCACGAUUAGUAAUACAUGAGGUUUUAAUAUUUUGGCAAAAAGCUCGCAUUCCAACUCGUGAAGUACGUCACUGUAUAUUAAAAUUGGAAGCAAUUUAUGACGAAUGGUGAAGUUUGCAAAAAAAUGCAUCACGACAAACUGAUACUCAAAAAAAAAAAAAGAAAAUUGUUUUAUCGAUAAAUUUGACGACAUUUUUGAUAUAGCACAUGCUGAUGCUAAUCAUGCUGAAUACAUGCUGAAUCUGAUGAGUAUUGAGUUGGAUAAACAAUUUUUAAUUCGUCAACGUCCGGGAUCGUUGAGUGGAAUUGAUUAUGAUUCAUAUCAAGCUUAACAAAAAAACGUAUUUACGCUUUGAAAAAACAGAAAAAAGAAAAAAACGUAAUUAUGAUGAAAUAAAAGCAUCGUAUGAUACAGUUGAGUUUUAUUCAGGAUCGUCAGAAAGUGGCACUGACGAUGAUAGUCAAAUAUUGUCGACCAAUGAUGAUUUAAUUUUUGAGAAAACAUUAUGUGAACCAGGUCCAUCUACUAGUAAACUAGCUUCAAAACAGUUUUUCACUAACAAACUUGUAGCUGCAUUGGAUAGAUGUAAGAUUAGUGACAAGGACGCCACUAAUUUACUUAUGGCAGCGGCUGAAGCAUUUGGUCAAAACGUUGAAAGUUUGGUAAUAAAUCGUUCGUCAAUACAUAGAGAACGUGAAAGUUACGUAAAGAACGAACUUUAAAGUUAAGUGAAAAUUUUCAAAUUAGCUUAUUUAGUAAUGCAGUCGUACACUGGGAUGGAAAAUUGCUUCCUUCGUUAACUUUAAAAGAUCUUGUUGACCAAUUAUUCCUAGUGGAGAUCAUGAAAAAUUUCUAGGUGUACCAAAAUUAUCAGAAGGACCUGAAGAGGAACGGGCUAUAAAAGUAUAUGAAUCAAUUAUUUUGUCAAUAUAAAAUUUAUUAUAGUAUAAAACCGAGUUUUUGUUAUUUUGUAAUAGAAUGAGUCGUCUUAUGAGAAAAAUACUUAUAACAAAUAUUAUUUUAAAUUUAAUUUUGAAAACAUUUUAUGAUAAGUUAUUAUUUUCUAUAGUUAAUACUUUAGGAUUUAAUCGCAAAAAACUGUGUUGGAUACACAUCGAUCGAAUAUGCUGUCAAGAAAAUGUGUUUUUUGAUUAUUCAUGUUAUCGUUGUGUUACAUCGAGUUGUUGUCGGUUUUUCUCUCUAUGUUACCAUUGUCGCAGCCAUCUUAACGCUUCUUCUGAUAUAAGCUCUAUGGCGUUUUUGCGAGCUAGUAGUUUUCUAUUCGUUUUACUGUAAAAAGAAAAUAUCACCUUUGCGAUUGUCGUACCCUGUGCGCUCAGUUUAUC